AUAUUCGUGGGAUUGUAGAAUGCGCAUUUACCAGCUACGUAAUACUUUUCAAGGAAAAGCUGAUUCAAUUAAACAUCUGAAAGUACACAUUUGCGUAUUUCAAACAUUUGUUUGUUCAUACAUUGAACAACAUAUAUUGUUCUACCGCUCUAAGGUUGAUGCAUCUACCUUAGAAAAUGUAUACGUUCUCACCAAUAAUUGCUUAAGUAAAAUUAGAAGUUUCUUCAUUCUGUUUUUAUAUACAAUAGCAUAUACGUAUACAUAUGUAUACAAAGUCGAAGCCAAAGUUCCGUGUUGUCAAUCCAUUUUUAAGUUUCUAGUGUUAUUUGCCAUUUUGACAUCGUGUGAAGUCGUGUCAGUGACACAGUGACACGUGUUAUACAAAAUAUGGCGUUAGGGUUAGGUAAUAUUUUUCGAAAUUUUUCAAUAGUUGCUCUAAUUUCAUUACCUAUUCUCUUCAUAAAAUAUUAUUUCUACAAAAUUUUUGCUUUAGACAGCAAGAUAGUCAUGCCGCAGUACUCACGGACUCUGACCGAUCUAAUCGUCCAUCUAAUUCGGAUAAUCUGAACGAAAGAUCAUUUCCAGGUUUGCCAGUGAUGUGUGGUUUUAUUGAGUUUUAUUCCAUCAUUCCAUCCAGGCUUUUCCAUUAUAUCACUGAUUGGUCUCCCAAGGUGCAACACAUUAUUGCUUAUGAUGCUUAAUUGUUUCAGUGAUACCAGGAGGAUGGACCAUCACGUUAGCUUUAGCAGCUGUUACCUGCUGCUUAGGUUCAGCUGUACCAACAGGAUUUAAUAUAGGAGUACUAAAUAAUGCAGCCCAUCUGGUGGAUGCAUUUUGUAAUGAAAGUAUUAGAGAAAGAUAUGGUAUGGAUGUAUCCAAAAAUGGCCUGAAAAUAGUUUGGUCUAGUGUUGUCUCAAUUUUUCUCAUUGGAGGGGCAGCUGGUUCAUUCCUCUCAAGCUGGGUAGCAGAUAGAUAUGGAAGAAAAGGAGCGCUGUUUGUUGGAAACAUAUUUGGCAUUAUAGGAGCUGCAAUGUUUUUUCUAAUACGCAAAUUAAAUUCAAUCGAAAUUUUGUUAGUAGGCAGAUUAGUUGUUGGACUCUCUGGAGGUUUCGCAACAAGCAUAGUACCAAUGUACAUGUCAGAAAUUGCACCACUUAGACUAAGAGGUGCAGUUGGAGUAAUAUGUCAACUAGGAAUUACAUGUGGAGUAUUUUUAGGGCAAAUUGCAGGGCUUGAUACAGUUCUAGGAACUGAAAAUUCUUGGCAUUAUAUGCUAGGAGCAUUUGUUCCAUUAUGUAUAUAUGCCUUGGUUUUUACAAGCAUUAUUUUACCAGAAAGUCCUAAAUAUCUAUAUAUAAUCAAGGAACAGAAGCAGAAAGCUUUGGAUGAACUCAGUAGAAUACGUAAAAUGGAUAUAAUGUUACUAGAAGUGGAAAUUUCUAGUCUACAGCAAGAAAUAGAGACAAAAACAACAGCCGAACCUUGGACUAUCAAGCGCAUUUUUAAAGAUCCAAGUCUAAGGCUUCCUGUAUUUUUAGUUUGUAUAAUACAAUUCGGUCAACAGAUGAGUGGUAUAAACGUUGUAUUUUACUAUUCUAACUCCAUAUUUAUCAAUGCUGGACUUGGCAUUACUGGAGCACAAUAUGCUACUCUUGGUACUGGCGUGGCUAACAUUGGUAUGGCUCUUGUUUCGGUACCAGUGAUGUCAACUUUGAAUAGGAGAGGUGUCCUCCUUACUAGUAUAUAUUUGUGCUUAGGAUGUUUGAUAGUUUUAUGUACUUCCAUUUUAUUAACUCAUCUGUCAUCGCAUAUGCCAAUAAUAUGUACGAUAGCCGUUCUGGCUUAUGUAAUAUUUUAUGGAAUUGGUCUUGGACCAAUACCAUACUUCAUUGGAUCUGAAUUAUUCGACGUUGGUCCUAGACCAGCAGCUAUGGCACUUGGUAGUGUUUUUAAUUGGGGUGGAAAUUUUAUAGUAGGCAUGACGUUCCCAACAAUAGAAAGUAUUAUGGGACCAUAUACUUUUUUAAUAUUUGCCGUAUUUCUUUUAUUAUUAGAACAAAUUGUUAGGAUAUACUUACCUGAGACUAGAGGAAAGAAUACGAUGGAUAUAGCAGCAUUAAUAAGUCAAGGAUUUAACUCUAGACCAAAUUCCAUCCGUCAUGGCUAAAUUUAAAAACUGGUACUUUAUAUGGUCUAAUACUUCUUUCUAGUGAAUAGAUAGGUUUACAAUUUUUUCGUUGUAAGGUUUAUGUAAAUAUCUAAUUAAUAAGGGUUAUUUUUUUACAAUUUAGAUAAGAAAUUUAUUAUACUUUUAUUUUUUAUUUUGUUAAUACUAUAUUUAUCUAAACACCUAUAUCUAAAUAAUUACAAAUUUUGAAAUAUUCGAUUUAAUUCGAUAUAAUUACAUCAUUUAAUUAUUUUCGAAUACAUGAAACGAUAAAUUGUUAGAUUUUACAUUUGUUAACGAAAAUUACAGUCAGAUCACAUUGACACUAAAUUUCCAGUAAGCGAACCAAUGUUUUUAAAUAUGUAACUGUUAUUCAAGUAUAAAACAUUUCACUGCCUAUGUAAGAAAUUUUAUUUUUUCAUUCUAUAGCAUACUUAAUACAAUAAUUUAAAAAUUAUAAAAUUCUUUGCUACGUAUUUUACAAAUUUAAACAAUUGUUAAUUUUGUAAUAUGUUAUAUAAUUGGUCUAAUUUUUCAUAAAAUACUAAACAAAGCACUGUGUGCGGUGCUAUUCUCAACCA